AGUUUUCACUUCCGGCUGCCGCUGCUAGCUUCUUUGCUGCAAAGAUUUGUUCCAUCCUGAGAACCGAGGCUAUCAUUGAAGAGAUCAUUUGUAAUCCAACUAUAAAUUGAGGAUUAAAUACGGAAAAUGGGGAAGAAACACAAGAAGCAUAAACCGGAAUGGAGAACAGUCGAUGACUUUGAGGACAAAGCUCUUGAGAAGCCCCUGAAACUUGUGCUCAAAGUUGGGGGUAGUGAGGUGACAGAGCUCUCUGGUUCAGGCCAUGACUCCAGCUAUUAUGAUGACCGAUCAGACCACGAGCGAGAGCGCCACAAAGAGAAAAAGAAGAAGAAAAAGAAAAAAUCGGAAAAGGACAAAGACAAAUAUGUGGAUGAUGAUGAGAGAAGGCGGCGGAAGGAAGAGAAAAGGAAGAAGAGAGAGCGAGAGCAGAAUGAAUCUGAGGCAGCAGCUGCGACAGCAGGCGGUGCUGGUGUCCCCGUUGAACCUUUCACAUUGUCUAAAAGUUUAAGCAUUGGAUUGGAGCCAGAGGAGAAGAAGAAGAAGAAGGAGAAAGAGAGGGAGAAAGAGAGAGAGAGGGAGAAAGAGAGGGAGAAAGAGAGGGAGAAAGAGAGAGAGAAAGAGAGAGAGAAGGAGAGGUUCGAGAUGGAGCCAGAACUGGAUGACUUUCACCCACAUGUGAAGAUGGAGUUGGAUCCACUGGGAGACAGACCAGUUAGAUCAUGCAGAACACAACACGAGAAUGAGUCCACACCUCGCCAACAGCUGCUGGAGCACUUCUUACGUCAGUUGCAGAGGAAAGACCCCCAUGGAUUCUUUGCAUUCCCAGUAACAGAUGCGAUUGCUCCUGGCUACUCAAUGAUCAUCAAGCACCCCAUGGACUUCAGCACCAUGAAAGACAAGAUUCAGAACAAUGAUUACAAUACAGUUACUGAAUUCAAGGCGGACUUUAAACUGAUGUGUGACAAUGCUAUGGUGUACAAUCGACCGGAGACUGUUUAUUACAAAGCUGCCAAGAAACUGCUGCAUACAGGCUUCAAGAUGAUGAGCAAGGAGCGUCUGUUGGCCCUGAAGCGCAGCAUGUCUUUCAUGCAGGAAAUGGACUACAGCCAGCAGGUAGCCAUUUUGGGGGAUGAAGACCUAACAACCGAUAUACCUCCUCCAGAGAUUAUCCCAAUCCCGGUGGAAUCAGCCAAAAAGUCCAAGAAGCAACCAGUCAAAGACAUGAAGGAAGUCAUCAGUUAUCUGUUUGAACCGGAGGGAAAUGCUUGCAGCUUGACUGACAGUACAGCAGAGGAGCACGUCCUGGCUCUCGUUGAGCAUUCUGCAGAUGAAGCUCGAGAUCGGAUCAACAGAUACAUGCCCAGCUCCAAGAUGGGCUAUUUGCGAAAAGAGUCCGAUAGUUCUCUUCUAUACACUGUUGUUAACCAGAUGGACCCUGACGCAGAAGAAGAAGAGACUCAUAAAGUGGACCUCAGUUCUUUGUCGAAUAAGCUCCUGCCUGGACUGACAACUUUAGGUUUCAAAGAUGACAGGAGACACAAAGUUACGUUCCUCAGCAGUGCCUAUAAUGUUCAGAGCCUUCAGAAGAACUCAGUCUUUCCGGACCUGCUGCCCGAUGAGGUGGACAUGCUCUAUUCAGCCUAUGGGGACGACACAGGAGUCCAAUGUGCUCUCAGCAUCCAGGAGUUUGUCAAAGGCUGUGGAAGUGCCACCAAGCAUUGGGUCGACAGGCUUCUGGACAAGAUGACUGCAGAUGAUCACACCAAAGCUGCCAAUCAAAUCCGACAGAAAAGAAACAUUAUGCUGAAACCUGACCAAACCAAAUCGAGCAUCUGUGACAUGCAGAUGGCUGACGGUGCUGGUCUUGGAGAGAGUGGCUCAGUCCUGGACUUUAUGUCCAUGAAGAACUACCCUGACAUGUCUCUGGAUAUAUCCAUGCUAAACUCAUUAGGUAAAUCAGUGAAAAAAGAGCCGGGGAAUGAGGAAGGCCAACAGCACUUUGAAGACGCAGACAAACUCCUCCAGGAGUUCCAGGAGGCCCAGGUGGACAGAGUGGGCUCCAGACCAUCAUCCAACCUGUCCUCACUCUCUAAUGCAUCAGAGAGAGACCAGCACCACUUAGGGAGUCCAUCCCACCUGGGCGUUGGGGAUCAGUCUGAAAUGGUUCACGACCCCUACGAGUUCCUGCAAUCUCCGGAGUCAGAGAGCGCAACCAACAGCUGACCACACACAUGGCCAUUUUGUGACCCUGGUGAUUACGAUGCUGGGUUCUCAGCCUUGGACUGUUGAAACACUGUUGAGACCGCGGGACCUUCUGAUCAGUUUUAAUGACUUCAAAUGAUUGUACAGAAUGUUUGUAGUGUAACUGUGUGUGUUUGUGGAAGAGCAACACUUUUAAAAUAAAUGCAUUCACCUGUAUUUCUAAA